AUUUACUAGCCAGAGCACUGGUCGCAAAUAAGGCUGAUCCUGACAUAAGCAGUGCGACGGCGCAUGACUUUCCAGCUAUUGUAGUUGCCGCGACCGGGCCAGAGCGAACUCCAUUCUGUUAUUGUUACAGUCGUCAAUGUGAUCAGAUUAUUGGUCUCUGGUUCUCUGUCUCGUUGAGCUUGCUAGCAUAAUUGCCGUUUCUUUGGCUUUUCAAGCUAGUCCUUUCUUUGCCACAAGAGCCUCGUCAUGUCGUUCAGAGGCGACGACCAACGCCGAUACGGCCAUGUCCCUCCCGUUCAAUACCCCAUCGUCAGUCAGCCUUCGCAAGACCAGCCCGCCUAUCCCUCCAGAACCACAAGCUUCAACAAUGGCGACGAUUCCACCGGCUUCUCGUCUACGACAACACGCCUACCAUACCAUCCUACUUUAAAUACGACGGCUAGAGGUCUUGGUAUGGACGAUGAAUUAUUUUUAGUAGCGAGCCCGACUAUUGAGGCGAAUAGAUCAAACUAUGCCAACUCGACCCCUGCCAUGGCUGGCUAUCAACACUCGUAUCAGACUCAAACUCCGCCAACGCCCUCGACUUAUAACCCGCAGGCUUUCGUUCGUUCCCACUCGAACAGUCUACCCCCCAAUCCUCGUCCUGCGAACCGAUGGCCCCAGCCUAGUUUACCGAACGCUCCGUAUAGUCCAACGGCAGCGACAGGAAACUUUGCGCAUGCACCCUACAACCCUGCGGCUUAUUCGGGUUCAACUGUUCCCCAGCGCCAGCCAACGCAUGCAGGCUAUAGCCAGAACUACAAUAGCCCAUCGUUGGGAUCUCCUACAGGCCAAUCUGCCUACUUCCAAUCGCAGCCAACAUAUGUCCAUCAACCGGCGCAGUCUUCAGCUCAGAUAGCGACGCCCUCUCCACCCACCACCUAUACAGGAUAUGACCAGACAAUACCUGCUUCUACUUAUGCGGCCACGCAUGAGCCUAUUCAGUCCCAAUAUGGGUCAACAUACUGGGGUAAUGGGAGGAGCCCGCCAGCAACAUCACAAGCACCCUAUCCAGUAUCGUCACAGAUACCUGUCGGUCCAAACUAUUCUGAUCGGGAUCCACAUUCCUUUCUUAAUCUUGCAUCCGACUCAAAUUCGACACCAUCCCCAGUACCUUCUCCACAAGCGUCGCCUGCUUUAGCGCGACACCCGACAAAUGCGCCAUUACCAAGUAGACCCAUUGAAGAGCCGAGCUUUGCGUCUUAUCGAUCUAAUGGCACUAUCCGACCCGAUCUGUCUCAGGAGCAUCUUACACAGGAUAAUAUCAUGCAAGACAUCGAGGCGGAACUUGGGAGGGUAAGAGGCUCACAACGUGGACGACCUGCUCAGUAUGAUCAACGUAAUGGAAGAUAUUCUGAUAGUGACCAUCAAAACCUCCGCCGCCUUGCGUCAACUGCAAGUUAUCAUUCUACCGCAACGACAGUUAACAGCUCAGAUGACUCUUCUGGUGUCAACCGCUACUCCUCCAAUGCGUCUACACUAAAUAGGAACAGCUCAAGGAACCCCAAUGCUAUUCUUGAAGACGAUGAUGACGAGAGCGACCCGGAGGGCGCGGCCGGUGCUGCGGCAUUACUGGCGGCGGAGGAAGACGAUCGCCGUUUCAGCUCGAUCGGUGCUGGUUCUUUCGCGUUAUUCAGCCAACCCGACGUUGCAGCUCAACCAGUCCUUCCUACUCAUCAGGAGGAACCGAGUAGUGAUAGUGACUAUGCUGGCGGUAUGGAUCUGGGUUUGGUGGGUGGUGGAUAUGAAGGCCAUCUCACCUACGACAAUAACCUCGGCUCUCCUCCUAGCACCGAGGUGACGCAAUUCGAUAUGCAAGGUCUUCGUCGUAACCACGCCUCUCAAAGAAGCCACGACAGUGCAGGGUAUCCCGCUUUUGAACAGGCUGAUAUGGACUAUGGAGGGGUUGGUGGUUUACAGUCUCCAAGGGCGCAUCGUCUUAGCUUUGACGACGGAGAUGAGCAUGUUUCGAUCCACUCGAGAAGAAGCGACAGCGAGUCACCAAUUAAAGACGACUAUCCCGAUAUGUUCUAUCAUCCAGGGAUUGGGAACAGGCCUCUCCCCGCAAUCCCCCCAGGAUCCGACAGUAGCUCGUUACUAUCCGUCCAGUCUCCGAAUCGAAGCGGCCAACAACAUACUUACUCUCUGAGUGCGGAUUCCCGAGCGUAUACGGGCCCCGAUGCGUAUUACGGACAAAAUGCGCAGCAAUUGCAGGUGGAGCGAUCCAUCUCACUAUCAAGUCAUAGCACGUCACCUCAUGUUCAGCCCCCUGGUAGGUCCAAGACUGAUGCCGCCGAAGAGCGUAAUUCGAGAAUAAGACAUAUGAGGCAGCAGCAACAACUCGCAGCUCAGCAAGGGCUACCGUAUGAAGGCUAUGAGACCGGCACCCCUUCGUCCGUCAAUUAUGAUGUGAUCACCUUACCAACCGGAAGACGCCGCAAAUUUCAACCGGACAAGCUUACGCUGGUUGACGUUCAAUCAUGCACAGAGCCGUGGGCCCUUAGUGAAAUCGCAAAAUGGAUCCGAGACAUGGCAGAGGGCGAGCCUGACCUCAAACGCAAAACUGUCGAGGAUGGAAUUACAAGGCUGUUUUGCUUGAAAGUCCCUACCAUGAACGUUGCAGAUGCGGAAACUCUUAGUGAACAAGUAGUCGACUCUCUUCUUCGAGCUGGUAUAUUGGUGCCAGAAGAGGAAUGGCUCAAAUUUGGUCAUGGAUCCAUAUCUGGUGUAUUAUGGCAGUUGACUGGAGUCGGCUGUUACGCGCCAAAGUUACAUGAGAAUCAGACACUUAUGGGGUCUCAAGAUAUGGCUGGGCGGUGCUAUUCUUUCCACUGCAUGCGGACGUUGAAGAAAGCAAACCUCGAUGAGAUCGUAAUGGAUGGAGCAAAGACCCUCGACUGGGCUAGCUUUUACAAACUGACUAAGGAGAGCAUUGGAGACAAGUCGAAGCAUGAAAUCAAGAGGCAGAAUAUUCUACACGAAUGCAUCACGACGGAAGAGUCAUAUAUGGAUCAACUCGAUGUUUUGAGGCACCUGUACAGAGACCGGCUUGUGGCUACUCAGCCGAAGAUCAUAGCAGAAGCGAGGAUGGAAAAAUUCGUCAAUGCUGUCUUUGGUAAAGCUGACGCUGUUCAGCGUGUCAACAAAGACCAUUUACUGGCUCAGAUGAAAUAUCGGCAAAGAGAACAAGGCCCUUGGGUCGUUGGUCUCAGCGAUAUCUUUCGAGAAUGGGUUCGAAAGGCCAGGACAGCUUACAUUGAGUAUGCGGCGUCCUUUAAUUAUGCAACAUUCCUUAUCAAGAGAGAAUCCGAUCGAAAUGUUAUGUUUCGACAAUUCUUGGAUGCCGUAAGUAAGGAUCCACGUUCACAACGCCUCAGCUGGGAUACAUACAUCAAAUCACCGAUUACCCGUUUGCAGCGCUACCCCCUUUUGCUGGAUAGUGUCUUAAAAGAGAUGUUGCAAGAUAGCGAGGAAAAGGCGAACAUGAUCAAGGCUAUCGAAGAAAUCAAGGCUGUGGCGCAUGAAUGUGAUGCCAAGGUUGCUGAGAUGGAAAAGAAGGUAGCCAUGAUUGAGCUGGAUCAGAUGCUUGUCCUGCGCCCCGGUUUCCAUGCCGACUUGAAUCUAGAUCAUCUUGGUAGAGAGCUCAUUCUGCAGGGCGAUUUGCAACGAAUGGGUUCUAAGGGCGUAAGAUGGGUCGAUACGCAUGCUCUCCUUUUCGAUCAUUAUCUAAUCCUCGCCAAACUCAUUUUGACACGCGACGCUAGACAAGAGAAAAAGUAUGACGUAUCAAAGGAGCCAAUACCUAUGUCACUUCUUUUCCUAGAGAGCAGCCAGGACGAUCCUAUUUCGAAACAGAAAGGUAUCGCGACGCCGCUGACUCGAUCCACCAAUCCCGGCUCGGAGACCAAGCUCAAUAAGAUUGCUACGAAUGCCAGUGAGCGCCCCGGCCUCGAACACACGGCGACAAGCUCUUCUGUAGGCUCUGCUAUGAAUAGACUAGCACCCCUUGACAGCGAGGGAAAAAUCCUGUAUCCUUUCCGCGUUAAACAUCUGGGUCACGAAGUCUAUACGCUCUUCGCUUCAUCUGCACAAUCACGUCAGGACUGGUGUGACCGGAUCAUUGAAGCAAAGACACGUUUUGCUAAGGCUCUACACGCUCAGAAUGCAGAACCAUUCAAAUUGCGUGUUAUGGCAGAUAGCGCCUUCGCUUAUGAUUCGAUAUCUGGCGUGGGCAAGUAUAUGGGUGGCGUACACAUCCGUGGCACACCCCUAGACAGGGCUAUUCGAGAUUUAGAGAAAACUUUCGGUCCUGGUAGAGGCCCUCCACCGAUAUCACGUGCGGCUGUGUACUGUGCUACUGGUUUCUCGGCGUUUGGGAGAAACAUGGUAGCGGUAGGGACUGAUGUCGGUGUUUGCGUAGCGGAGGCCAGCGACCAGAGAGGUUGGACUAAGACCAUCUCGGUAGCCCGUGUCACACAAAUUGCAGUGCUCGAGGAAUUCUCUGCUGUUCUUGUGCUUUCGGACCGUAACCUCAUAUCAUAUCCACUCGAUGUGGUCUCACCACCCUCUAACUUCCCUACCUCCACCAGUGACAAUCCUCGUCGCUCGCCACAACGGCUAGCGAAAGAUGUAGCAUUCUUUGCAACGGCCCGUAUGAAGGAUCGGAUGCUAGUUUUCUACAAAAAGAAGGAGAACCUACACAGCACUUUCAAGGUCCUUGAGCCUGUAUUUCAGAAAGCAACGGAAAAGAAAUCACGCCUCUUUGGCGGUUCACGACGAAUCGGAAGCGGUGCUACCGAGACGUUCAGAGACUAUGACGACUUUUAUCUCCCUGUCGAGUGUUACUCGCUGAAUAUUUUCCACUCCUACAUCGCCAUUGCGACAGCGAAAGGCUUCGAACUUAUGACACUCGAUAAGAAAAUACCCAUGUCCAUACCGGACGCUAGGCAACCGGCUAUUGCUAACAUCUCAAGCCGAGUCAGGGAUCAGCGGCCUUUGGGUAUGUUCCGUCUCAAUGAUCAGGAGUAUAUCCUGGCGUAUGAAGACUGCGCAGUCUACGUCGACAAGCAUGGCGAUGUCAGUCGUAGUGUCAUAAUGGAAUAUUCAGGAAAACAAAAGAAAGCCAAGGGAGCCACGAUGUAUGGACAGUAUCUUGUCCUUUUCAACGACGACUAUGUGGAAGUACGAAAUGCCGAGAAUGGCCGGUUACGCCAGAUCAUUGCCGGUCGCGAUGUUCGAGUUUUGGACUACGGUGUUAGAGGGCCUACAGGAGGCUUCUAUAACUCUAAUGGAGUUGGGGCGGGAACUAACGAGGUUGAAAAUGGAAUGGAUUCAAAAGGCACCGUCAAAAUUGCAAUGGCACACCCAGAAGUUGCAGGUCAACAGAUUGUGCUGGAAAUGUUGCUCAACAAUGGACAUACGGAAAAGUAGUUCUUUGUUAUGAUCAAUACGGUGGCAUGAUGAUUACGAACACCAAAACAUUGGCGGAAUGAUGGCGAAAUGGGGGCUCAGCGACGGUACAGUGGAUUCAUGCGUAUACGCAAUAGCGAUAAGUUGGCAUAUUGCAUCAUGUUACCUCUUGUUGGAUUUAUGAAGGAGGAAGAUAUCCGGUCUCCUGCAAGACCAUUCAUGUUAUUUUUCUUUUUUUUCCCUGGGAUUUACCCAUCUUCCCCGUGGAACCCUAAAUGGGAAAACAGGUCUUCUUGACCACGAGAUGGACGUUUAGGAAAGCAUCCCAGAUGGUAACAUAUUUUCAAGGGAGCUCGGUGUCUGGUGUUCAGCUUGGAGCUAGUGGUAUGAGGCACUAGGAGGGCUUCUGGAUUCCCUUUGCUGCAAGGCAGAGAUUUUGCCACGUGAAUAGCCACGACUUAUUCUUGUAUGUUAUAUAUCAUAUCACAAAUCUCUUAAUAUUCUUACCUACCAAGUUCGUGCGACGUUUCCGUCCGGGAUUGU